AUGUCCCGCCCGUGGAUCCUCGUUGCCCCGGCCUCACGCGGCAUCGGCGCGCACCUAACCCGCCACCUCCUCCGCACAACCACGGCCCCGAUCCUCGCGACAUGCCGUUCAUCCGACACCACGGGCGUAAAGCACGCCAUCCUCUCCUCACUACCCCAAUCUCCAUUUUCUAAAAACAUUUCACACUCCUCCCCCGCCGCAAAGGAAGCAGAAGACCUCGCCUCCCGCCUCAAGGUCGUCCGCCUAGACGUCACGGACGAAUCCACAAUCGCCGCCGCCGCCGCCGAGGCCGCGUCCUUGUUCCCAUCAAAGACGCACCACCUCCGCCUGGCGCUCGCGACGCCGGGCAUCCUCCACCCGGAAAAGAGCCCCGGCCAGAUCGACUACGACGACGCCCUCGACACGUUCAAAGUCAACACGCUGGGGCAGAUGAUGCUGAUGAAGCACUUUUCCCCCUUUCUCCCUCGCAAGGCCGUCAAGAUGUCCACCGACGUGGACGAGGAAGCGAGGGGUCUCCCUCACGGUCGCGCCGUCUGGGCCGCCAUGUCGGCGCGCGUCGGGUCCACGUCGGAUAACCGCAAGGGCGGGUGGUAUAGCUACCGCGCCUCGAAAGCCGGCGUCACGUCCCUCGCCAAGUCGCUCGACCUCUGGCUGGCGGCCCGCAGCGGCGACAAGGCCAUGGCCGUGGCGUACCACCCGGGCACCGUCCGGACGGGCCUGUCCGAGGGGUUCUGGGAUACCGUGCCCGAGGGGAAGCUGUUCGAACCCGGCUUUGCGGUGGAGAGGAUGUGCAAGGUCUUGACGGAGGAGGUCGGCGUCGAGGGCCGGGGCCGGUUUUGGGAUUGGGAGGGCAAGGAGAUUCUGCCGUGA